UAAGUAUGUUAUAAGUUAUAACUCGUAAUUAAUUUAUUAAAUAAAGCUCCUGUAUAAUAAUGAACUCUGUUGAAGAAUUAGAAAGAGAAAUAAAAAAUGUUGACAAAGAAUUGGUCAAAGUAGAAGCCGAAAUAGCUAAAUGGAGAAACAAGCAACGAGAACUACAUGAGAAAAAAACUAAGUUGAAAAACGCUAUAAACAAAGUAAAAUCAGAUAGUUUAGCGAGCGUAGAUUGGGCUGGAACACAAUACGAAUGGUCAGAUAAAGUGAAAACAAUCUUACAAGAAGUGUUUGCUAUAAAAUCAUUUCGGCCCAAACAAUUAAGUGCAAUAAAUUCAACUUUAUCUGGUCAACAUGCUAUUGUCGUGAUGCCUACUGGUGCUGGCAAAAGUUUGUGCUAUCAGCUACCGGCUUUGGUCAAGCCCGGCAUCACGGUUGUCAUUUCACCCUUGGUUUCAUUGAUGGAGGAUCAAGUAAGGUCUCUCACUAAUAAGAACAUCCCCGCAAAACUUAUGACUAGUACAAGUUCAAAAGAAGACACUUCAUUAGCUCUAAAUAUGUUAAAAGACAAAAAUGCCCCUAUUCAAUUGCUUUAUGUGACCCCAGAGAGACUGGCUAAAAGCAAGAGAUUCAUGUCCAACUUACAAAAAUGUUAUGCUGAUGGUAGGUUGCAGAGGAUUGCCAUAGAUGAGGUACACUGUUGUUCACAGUGGGGACAUGACUUUAGACCGGAUUAUAAAUAUCUCGGUAUAUUAUCCAAUAUGUUUCCUAAUGUGCCUAUUCUAGGACUGACUGCCACAGCUACUGCACAUGUAUUGAAUGAUGUUCAAAAAAUUCUAAAUAUUCCAGGCUGCUUAGUAAUAAAAUCUACUUUUAAUCGACCUAAUUUAUAUUAUAAAAUAUUAGAAAAACCAUCAUCACAGGAUAACUGUUUGACCAUUUUAGAGAAACUUUUGAAGUACAGAUACAAAGGGGAAAGUGGUAUAAUUUAUACACACAGUAUUAAAGACUCUGAAGAUAUUGCUGAUGGAUUACGCAAAAGAGGUCUGAAGGUUGGUAGCUAUCAUGCAAACAUGGAACCUGCAACUAGAUCAAGUGUCCACAUUAAGUGGCAUGACAAGCAUUAUCAGGCUAUUGUGGCAACAGUUGCAUUUGGCAUGGGUAUAGAUAAACCUGAUGUUAGGUUUGUCAUACAUCAUACAAUAAGUAAAUCUAUGGAGAACUAUUACCAGGAAAGUGGUAGAGCCGGACGGGACGGUCUCAGAGCUGAAUGUGUGACAUUGUAUCGCAUGCAAGAUAUCUUCAAAGUAAGCACCAUGGUUUUCUCUUCUGUUGGCAGUUUAGAGCACUUGUAUGGCAUGAUUAAGUACUGCCUUAAUGGUGUAUUGUGUAGAAGGCAGUUGAUAGCUGAGCAUUUCGAUGAGGACUGGGGUAAUGCUGAUUGCAAUGAAAUGUGUGAUGUGUGUAGUCACCCUAACAAUAAUAUCAAAGAAAUAAGUCUUGAAACACAUUGUAAAACAAUAGCUAGUAUCAUAGACAAUGCAGAAAAAUUAGACACUAAGCUAACAGCACAAAAAUUACUGGAUGCAUGGUUUCUAAAAGGUAGUGUAAAUUUGAGGCAUAAGGGCAAAGAACCAAAUUUUUCAAGAGUUAUAGGUGAAGAUGUGAUAGCUUAUCUGUUAGUUGAAAGUUAUCUAGUUGAAGAUUUUCACUACACUGCAUAUUCUACUAUAAGUUACAUAAAAAAAGGACCUAAUAUGGACCUAGUACAAGAUACUAAUUUUGUAUUACUCAUGCCAGUGAGAAAAUAUUCAACUUUUGAAUUGAGUUCACCCGCCCCUAAAGAUUAUAACACAACAACAAUAAUAGUACCUGAUAAUGAAGACAAAAUUGUAAAAAAAAGGAAAUCAAAAGAAACCAGCAGUGAUUCAAAAACGAAAAAGUCUAAAAUAAUGAUUAUAGAAUCAGAUGAUGAAUAAA